AUGACGAUUAUAGAAGCUAAAGGUAUAGUGUUGAACUGCGAAAGAGAGCUGCAAAAUCCUUUUACAAAAACAGGUCAGGAACCUGGUUCCUGUACCACAGAACCCUCUACCACUUCUCUCACGAUGGCCAACGAACAAUCUUCUCCUUCUCCUGCCAUCAACACCACUCCCACAUCUCCACCUUCCUUAGCAUCACCACCAGAAACCCACUCCUCCACUAUCCCUGAUACUACUGUACCCACACCGGUUUCCUCUUCAUCUCUGGUCGCCGUUACUCCUCCAUCAAACCCUGUCUCACUUCCAUGUGUUGCAACUUCCGACUCCCCAAAGGUUAAUCCUACUUCUCCUCCUUCUUCUAAUCAAACCAAAGAACCCUUGGAAAGUGCUACCCCUCAGGCGUCAGAGAAUCAGUGGAAAGAAGCGGCAAAAAAUAUCAUGGUUAUCGCUGCUGAGAGUCUUACGAAUGAAGGAGCCUCCCCUCUGCCUGAGUCUCAGGGGGAAGAAACUCCAUUCUUAGGGGAUGAACGGACUAUGGUGCUUUUCGAGUCUCCGGUUCAUGUCACAGUCACAGAAAAACCUGUUGGAGAACCUGAUUCUCCUUCAGCCAAAGCAAACCAGGGGACCAUCUUUUAUACUAAGCCCUUGGAGUCCAUUCCUCCUAUUGCGGUACCUUUUGACGAAGAUGAUGAAGAUGACAUGGCUAUCAGUGCCCGUUUUAAGAUACAUAAACCAGCAGUUACUCUUGAGUCUUCUUCCAAGCAACCCACUACCAGGUUGCAGAAGAAAGAGGCUUUUGAGUCUGCCUUGCAGAAGAGUAAGCGGAGUAUUACGAAAAAAAAGAAGAGGUUGAUGAAAAAGGGGGAAGUUGUGGUUGACAAAAACAUUCCAGUGGUUGAGGUUGAUGAAGAAGCUGUAGAGGAACCUAGUUCCUUAAUGAAAAGAUCUACAAAAGUCCAAAAGUCUGUUGUUGAAGCUUCCGAGGAAGCUGUGGAGAAACAAAGUGAAACAUCUAUGAAGAGUGGUGGUAAAUCUAAGAAGGUUGUGGUUGAGAAAGAUUUGUCUGAAGGUGAUACUGUGGCUGUUGCAAGUAGGAUAGGGAAAUCUGUUGAAAUGUUUAGAAAAUGA